AAUAUUUGAUCAUAGUCAUGCCAGCUCCCUUACCCCUGCCUCACAUGAAGCACUACAAAAACUAUUAUACAAUAUUCUGUGAUAGAGUAUCUCAGCAGCUCCUCAUUGUGUAAAGAUUAUGUUUUCCCCUCCCCCUUUUCCUGGGUGUUACUACCUGUGUUGCCCCUAGUAGCAGCAGCGUGAGGUCUAGGUUAGAGGCGGAGCCAGGGUACUGUACUAACCACAGCAGGCACAGCACCCGGAGGAAGCAGAGCGUCUGUGUGGCUUCUCAUUGGAACACUAUCCCACAGGUGGGGUUUCGCUGGCUCCAGGGAGGGAGAGGAGGAGGCGAGAGUUCAGUCAGUAACUACCGGGUGGAGGAGUGUGAGGGCAGGUUGCAGAUUCCGAGAACAAGCGUUCUCGCUCUCUGAACGGCUUCCUGUCUGUGGUCGGACUCUCGUUUGAAGAGGAGGAAGGGGGGGAGAGAGCCCCCUCUGUUCAGCAGCAGCCUCCGUUGCCGUACCACCCUCAGGGGACCCGCCACCGCCAGCGGAAUGUCCGGGGAGGGUAACCGUGGUGACCAGAAGGCCCAGUACAAUGGAGUAAAGAAGCACAGAAUGUCUUUACCAGCGCCCAUGUUCUCCAGGAAUGACGUCAGCAUUUGGAGCAUCCUGAAGAAAUGCAUCGGCAUGGAGCUGUCUAAGAUAGCAAUGCCAGUGAUCUUCAACGAGCCCCUUAGUUUCCUGCAGCGGCUGACAGAGUACAUGGAGCACACGUACCUCAUCCACCAGGCGAACACCACCACAGACUCCAUUGAGAGGAUGAAGUGUGUUGCAGCGUUUGCUGUGUCUGCUGUAGCAUCACAGUGGGAGAGGACGGGAAAACCCUUCAACCCACUACUGGGAGAAACCUAUGAGCUGAUCAGAGAGGACCUGGGGUUCAGGUGGAUGUCGGAGCAGGUAAGCCACCACCCCCCCGUCAGCGCCUUCCAUGCUGAGGGCCUGCAGGAGGACUUCCUGUUCCACGGCUCCAUCUACCCCAAACUCAAGUUCUGGGGCAAGAGUGUGGAGGCAGAGCCUAGAGGCAUCAUCACCCUGGAGCUGCCCAAAUACAACGAAGCGUACACCUGGACAAACCCCACUUGCUGUGUACACAACAUCAUCGUGGGCCAGCUGUGGAUCGAGCAGUACGGCAAUGUGGAGGUGAUCAACCACAAGACCGGAGAGAGAUGCAGCCUGACGUUCAGACCAAGUGGCCUCUUUGGUAAGGAGCUGCACAAAGUGGAGGGCUACAUUCUGGAUAAAAGCAAAAAUAAGCUCUGUGCCAUCUACGGUAAAUGGACCGAGUGCUUAUACACUGUGGACGCUGACACUUUUGAUGCUCACAAGAAAUCUGACAAGAAGAACUCAGAGGAGAAGAAAAGCAACAAGCAGACCAGUGUAGACGAGGAGCCAGAGGAGAUGCCCCUGCCUGACGGAGACACGGUCCAGGUCAUCCCAGGAAGUGAGCUGAUCUGGAGGAUAGCCCCCCGGCCAGACAACUCUGCAGAGUUCUAUGCCUUCUCCACAUUUGCCAUGCAGCUGAAUGAGCUGGAGGAGGGCAUGAAGGGGGUCCUACCCCCCACAGACUGUCGACUCAGGCCUGACAUCAGACAUAUGGAGAAAGGAGACAUGGAUUCGGCAAGUGCAGAGAAGAAGAGGGUAGAGGAAAAACAAAGACUGUCCCGGAAAAAUCGUUCGAAGUCGACCGAGGAAUGGAAAACAAGGUGGUUCCACCAGGGCCUCAACCCCCACAACAAAGCUCAGGACUGGCUCUACUCCAACAGCUACUGGGACCGGAACUACUCCCUGCUGCCUGAUAUAUACUGACCCACAGGACACACACCACAUACACAUCUCUAUCUGUACACACCUCGUCUUAACUCGCUCUGCUAUUUUUUAUAUUCUGACACUGGAACUCUGACAUUUUCUCAGAGGGUUCAUUGAAGGGGGAGAAAGUUAGUCCUGGUCAGGUCAUGUGGUCAGGAAAAAUUAGUUAUGGUGUCAACAUAGGCAAGGUUAAGGGAGAGUUCUGGCCUUAAUCAUUUCAAAGCCUGCUCUGGACCUACUAUUGUCCUUUACUGUCAUUCAAUUCCCAGCAUCAGCCUUACCCAUGUACCUGCAACAACCAUUCAGUAGUCCCCAAACAUAUCUCCUAUCAUAGCCUAUGUCUCACUCAAAGCACAAUUGUGAAGCCCUCAUGAGUCUGUAAGCUAUGGUCAUCGACCAGUGUGUAUAUAAUUAUAAUAAAACUGUAGGGUGUAACCUGCCUGUCAUUUUAACAAUGGGAGUGUUUUGAAUGGAUUGGAUUGAAUAUGACCCAUCUCUUGAUGUGUCUCUAGUAUCUCUCUCAAACACUUGUUGCGAGAAUUAUGUCCAUUUGAAUGCAGUGCGCUCAGUGCUGUUACUUACGAAUGUGUGCAGCUACAGUAUCAUUCAGUAUCAAUUUUAAGGAAACAGCUUUCAAAUAGUGUGUGAAAUAGACUUGUUCCAACUUCCUGCAGUCCCUGCUAUAUGCUAACAAACUAAACUGUCAUUAUGACACACUUACUGUAUCACAGCUGCUUGGACCUCAGCAACUAUGGCUGAGGACAUAAUAAAUGUUUGUACAUAUUAUUGGAUAGAGCUUGUCUAUUCUUCUGAGCUGUAAUACAAUGUAGUACUUGAUGAAUUUAGGAUACUAUGCUAUGUAAAGAGGAGAAUAGCUGUACUGUACUUAGAAUUAUGGCUCUUGCUUCAAUAGCACUUGAGAAUUUAUUUAAGCCAAGUUUAACCACUUGGCUCUAUAUGAAUAUAUAUUUAUGCGUGCAAAAGUUUCCUCUAAAGUAAAAAUGUAAUUCUGGAUAUUCUGAGAACUGUUUGAACUACCCCUCACACACUGAAUGCACAUACAGUACAUGCACCACAUUGACUAUGCAAGCAUAAGCUGCAUUACACCCACAGAAACACAGUAAGGCUAUGACCCAACUGGCACCUUAUUUCCUACAUAGCGCACUACUUUUGACCUGAGCCCUAUUGGGGAAAAGUGUGACAUUUGGGACAGACACAGCCACACAGCCACUGUUCAAUUCACUCAUGCACUGCAUAACAUUCCUCUCUUCGGUUGUGAAUAGCUGCCGCUGUAACCUCAAAGCGGAUGUUUAGGUAGGAUUAUCAUGUAAUACAUGACAGUACAGUAGACUGGGCCUAGCACACCCUGUGAAUGCACAGUUUUAUCUAGAGGCUACUCUCACUUUGUGUAUAGCACAUUACAGAAUCAAGAUUGUUUCUAUUGUUGCUAAAUAAAAGCUUAAUGUUCCCUUAC